CCACAGCGAACGCAGUGAACGAUGAUCCAGCGAGAUAGGCAAGUACCGACUCCGAUCGGCUCGGGUCCCGAAUGCCUCAGUCUGUGCGGCGAACAGCCGAAUGCAGUUUGCCGCGCCUCGGUUGCACGUCCACAUACAUAUGUAUGCUCGUUCGGCCUCGCCUUGCCUCGUUCGCAUUCGUGCUCAGAUGAAUACCCGGCUUUAGGUACUGGAAAUUAUUUGAAAUGCCACCCAAAAAAUCAAAUAUUGGCAGAACAACCAGACAUGUACGUAAAGUUCUGUACUAGAGUUGGAAUCGGGAAGAGUUUUCUGACCAGAGAUACAGUUAACGUCCUAGGAUGA